AUGGACUAUCAAAAGUUUAAAAAUGAAAAGAAGACAAAGGACUUCGCUUAAGGGGAUUCAAACUUCAUGUCUACAAACGGAGCCCUUGUAACUCAUGCUAUAUGGAAAGAGGCUAUAAAAUCAGGCACUGCUGGUGGUUCUGAAGAACAAUAGAGAAAAGAGUAAAUAUAAAAGAUUGUCGCUAGAGAAGUGCAAAAUAUAUAUGAGAUCGCUAAGUAAGGAGGUAAUUCUGGGUCAGUUUUAGACACUUAAUUGCAGUAGAUAGCUGGUUGUAGAAAGUGUGGAUUACUAGGGCACUUAACGAAUCAAUGCAUGAAUGUCCUUAAAGAUAAAAAUGGAAAUGAAGUUAAACUUGUAGAUACCAAAAACAUGCUAGGAGGUGUAAAUGGAAGGUCUGAUGAAAUGAGAAAUAUCGAAAAGGAAGUAGAAAAGAAUGACAAAAUGCUUAAGAAACUUGAAAAAGCGAUUGAUAAGAAAAAGGAAAAGAAGAAAUUGAAGAAAAAGAUCAAGAAACUCAAGGAUAAAGAGAAGAUAAAGAAGCUAAAGGAGGAUCUAGGCUUAAAAAAGAAAAAGAAGAAAAGUAAAAAGAGACAUCAUUCAUCGUCCUCGUCUGGUAGUGAUGAUAGUGAUAGUAGUUCUUCUGAUUGA